AUGAACAGCUGCAGGUACAACGGGGGUAUCCCACGACCCCUCAGCAGCCUGAGUUCCUCCCGGAGAAACCUUCACGAGCAGGAUCCUGAAACCCAACCCCUGCAAACCCUGCACAGCCCGGGAGUUGAAGUGGUGGUAUCCAAAAACGAUCCAACUAAGGCAUCACACCGUAGCCUAAGAGGGGUUGAAGAGGGUAGCCAAGAGGCUCCAAGGGGGCAGAAGAAGAAUCAGAACGUAGGAUACAAGCUGGGUCACCGCCGAGCACUGUUUGAAAAGAGGAAACGGCUCAGUGACUACGCUCUCAUAUUUGGGAUGUUCGGUAUCGUAGUUAUGGUCACGGAAACUGAGCUGUCUUGGGGUGUCUACACCAAGGAAUCCGCUUAUUCAUUUGCACUGAAAUGCCUUAUCAGCCUCUCAACUGCUAUCCUGCUUGGACUCAUCGUCAUGUACCACGCCAGAGAGAUCCAGCUUUUCAUGGUGGACAACGGAGCCGAUGACUGGAGAAUAGCCAUGACCUAUGAACGGAUAUUUUUCAUCACUUUGGAACUAACUGUGUGUGCCAUCCACCCAAUCCCUGGGCAGUACUCUUUCACAUGGACAGCUCGCUUGGCCUUCAUUUAUACCACCUCUGUGGCCAACGCUGACAUAGAUAUCAUACUUUCCAUCCCCAUGUUCCUGAGACUUUACCUGAUUGGAAGGGUCAUGCUCCUACACAGCAAGCUUUUUACAGAUGCCUCCUCCAGAAGCAUUGGUGCACUCAACAAAAUCAACUUCAACACUCGUUUUGUAAUGAAGACAUUGAUGACCAUCUGUCCUGGCACUAUUUUACUGGUCUUCAGUAUCUCAUCCUGGAUCAUUGCAGCUUGGACAGUUCGAGUUUGUGAGAGGUACCAUGACAAGCAGGAGAUCACCAGUAACUUCCUGGGUGCCAUGUGGCUUAUUUCUAUAACAUUCCUUUCCAUUGGUUAUGGAGAUAUGGUGCCCAACACUUACUGUGGCAAGGGAGUCUGUCUACUAACUGGCAUUAUGGGGGCAGGCUGCACAGCUCUGGUUGUCGCUGUUGUUGCAAGAAAACUGGAACUUACCAAAGCUGAGAAACAUGUACACAACUUUAUGAUGGACACACAACUAUCAAAGCGGGUGAAAAAUGCAGCUGCCAACGUGCUCAGGGAAACUUGGCUAAUUUACAAACACACCAAGCUCGUGAGAAAGAUCGACCAUGCUAAAGUACGCAAACAUCAGCGCAAGUUCCUGCAAGCCAUUCACCUGGCUCAGAAGCUACGCAGCAUGAAAAUGGAGCAGAGGAAGCUCAAUGAUCAGGCUAACACCUUGGUGGAUCUAGCAAAGACCCAAAAUGUAAUGUAUGACCUCAUGUCUGAGCUACAAGAACGCAAUGAAGACCUUGAGAAGAGGAUUAUAACCUUGGAGACAAAGGUAGACUCCUUAAACAGCUCCCUUCAGUCUCUGCCUGGGCUGAUUGCUCACACCCUGCUCCGAGAGCAGGGAGAGCUCUUCCUUCUACGCUCCCAUCGCCCAUUUCCCCCUUCAAACAGCUCAGACAAUUCAUGGAGUCCACCACGUCGACGUACUUCUCCUUCCACCGCUCCCCACACCUCUUCAGACAGCGGCUGAAUGAGUGCCAGGGAAGAGAAAACAGUGUGAGUGGGAGUAGUGGAGUGAAGACUUAAUGAGUUCACUUAUUAUUACUAAUUAUUCAUAGCCACUGUGUGGUUUGAUUAUGUCAGCUUUUUUUCUUAAAAGCCUUGGAUAUUUGUUAACCCCUGCGGGUUCUUUGAAAAUGCUGGAGUGAAAGUUCUAUUAAAAACAACAACAACAAAAUGUUUGUGUAAACACGCACACGUGUGUACGCGCAGUGGCGCGAUUAACCUCCUCCUUGCUUCAGGGCUUACCAUGAACAGUAAUUUGAGAUUUAUUAAUCUCCCCAAAUCUUUAAAGGAAAAAAAAAUUGUUUAUUUUCUUAAAGUCUGAUUUUUAAGGAUGUCUUCAAUGCCUAUUUCCUUUUCAGGAGCCUUCCAUUGGUAAGUUAUUGGCCAUAUUUUUCAUAACUCCCAUUAUAAAGAAGAAAGAAUGUUUUCACAUAUAUUUUAAUAAACGCCUAGAAGGCAGGGUCCUUUUUAGCCCCAUUGCUACCAGAAAAGCCUGGAAUGCCCACCUGGUAGUAAGGGGUUAUGGUGAAUAUGGUCCUUAAGUAAGGUUUUGGACUGUACGUGUGUGUGUUUACAUACAUAAAUAUGUAUAUAUAAAUAUACAUGCAUAUAUUUAUAUAUAGAUAAUUUAGCUAUUAAAAAAGAUCAGAACUGUAUUUUUUUAAUCUAACGGCCUGGAGUGGUGUAAUAUGACAUAUACAAGUGUACUG